AGCCCAGAAAAGAAUGUCGUCCACAAGUAUUCACGAUCUUCCACUGCAAGAUUUGGCGCCGUGCCUCGCGAAGCACCUGAACAUUAGAGACAUUCUGGCCAUCCGGCAGUGCUCGAGGGAUUGGAAAGAAGUCGGCGAUCUCAUGCUGAAGAACCUCCAGACAUUUGUGUACUUCAUGGACAAACAUCGCGACUGUCCUGAUGGCAUUUUCCGUAUUAUCGCAAAAUAUUGUCAUCGCCUGAAGAAGAUCAAAGUUGUGUUCGACGAAGAUGAUUUGUACUCCUUCUUCGUCCCGCUCGAGAUUGAUAAUCUUCUCGCGGAGAUUUUCACGAAGAAUCCUCUACUGGAGAUCGUGGAUGUCAAUUUCCUGGGAAGGGCCGUGGAUCUCUUCGAGGAAACCCCGAAUUGGCUGUUCGCUCUGGCAAAGAGCUGCAAAAAGCUCGUCGGCCUGGCUUUAAAAUUCGAGGAACACACGAAUGAUUUUCUGCAAUUUCUGGGCGAACACAACAAUCAGCUUCGGUGGCUGGAUCUGAGUGACAUUCAACCCGCUCAGCACUACUUUUGCUUCUACAAUCCGCAUGUUCUUAUAGAGUUUCUAGGAAAGCAACCUCGCCUGGAAUACAUCGGAUUGCCGAAGCUCAGUCCCACGGACUUUGAUGAGACAAUGUCGGCGAUCGCGAAGAAUUGCAAGGAUUUGCGCUUCAUCCACUUGAACAUCUGUGAAGACUUCUUCAUUCAAGCAGAAAAGCUCGUGGAAAUCAAUAAGAAAUACAAAGUUACGGCAACUUGGAGAAGCUCAAAAUGGGGAUUGCCGGAGGAAUUCAAGGCUUUGCUGGACCAAAACAACAUCGAGUGCAUUCCCGAUUCACUAUGGAAAGAAACUUUCAGGAUGAGCUUAAGGAAAAAGUCUCUGCCCGACUAUGAAGAGAUCGAUUCGAGUGAACGAAAUCCAUUUUAUGAAAAGUUCUUCUAUUUCUAAGUCCA